AUGACUUCGAAAUUACUUUCUGUCUUCUUAAUAAUUGCUUCUACAUUUCUUAUCUCAUCAUCCUAUACACUAAGUCCACCAAGUAAUUAUACAUGGCCUCAAAAUAGCAAAAAAUUAUGUUUUGCUGGUCAAUUUGAUCUUGUUCUUAAUGUUGAUUAUAUUCAAACAACUGGCGCAAAAGCUUCAGCAAAAAUUCCAUUAAAUAAUAAUACAUAUGAAUCAUAUCGUGUAUCAUGUUCAGCACCAACAAAUGUUCAUAAAUUAACAGUAUCAAUGUUAGAUGGUUUUACAGAAUUUAUAUUAACUUUUUCUGUUGAUACUACUAAUGUCACAUCAUUAACACAGAUUUCUGCUUAUAUUACAUUGAAUGAUAAACAAACAUAUUUUACAAAUUAUUCAACUUCCUUAGAAGGUAUGCAUAAAUUUGAAAAAACUGUAUCAUUAUUUGUUGCUGAUCGUGGUAGUUCAUAUCGAUGUAAUACAAAAUCAACUAUUACAGAUUUUAAUACAGAUAAGAAUGUAACAAUUACAUCGAUUGAAUUAGAAAAUUUACGUAUUCAAUCAUUUGCUGAUGAUUCCAAAGAAUUUAAUGAUUAUGCUGUUGAAAAAGUUUGUCCGGCUGAUGUUGAUAAAAAUUCUAAUUUAAUUCCAAUUAUUGUUGGUGCUUGUCUUGCUGUAUUAGUUGUUGUUGUACUUAUUGCAUAUCUCAUCGGUCGACGACGUAGUCGUAAUGGUUAUCAAAGUGUUUAA